AUGAUCAAAGAUGGUAAAAUUAGUAACUAUCAGUUCAACAAACAUAUUGAUGAGUUCAAUGAACUCUUAUUGCGAAAUUUGAGGUUAAUUCCAUCGUACUCGAAAUCAGGAGGAUCAGAUGCAAAUCUUGAUAUAAUCAAUAAUUAUAAAAAGGAAUUGAAUUCGAACACUAAGAAUCUGAAGAAGACUUACAUAUUAACAAGGAUAUGUCUUUCUGGAUCUUAUUUACCUAAUUGUUUGCUUAUUGACUUUACGUUAUCAUACGACGAUUUUUAUAUGGUUCCUGUAUUAUAUUUCCGUGCAUUUAAAGAUAAUAGUAAGUCUACUAGUGGAAACAUAGAUGAGACUAGAGUCACUCCUAUAGUUUCUACAGAAGAGCUUGUUUCGAACUAUUAUUCAGUUUUAGGGUUAAGUAGUGACCUGAAUUUGGGCCCUACCGUAACUUUGGAUUCACAUCACUUAAUAACUGAUAGUAGUGUCUGGUUUUACGUGCAUCCUUGUGAAACGCUACAUAGAUUAAGAGAGUUCAUGGAAGCUGACAAUUGUUUAUUACCUUGUGACAGUGAACAACUCCAAGUUGUAAAAUACCUAAGCAUUUGGUAUGCAACUUAUAGUCUUGGUGGAAUAUUUCCAUCCAUCAGUUUAAGACCCACUUCGCAACCGUAA